UCUUCUCUGUGUUUCCCACAGUUGGUGACAAAGUUCCCGCUGACAUCAGGAUUGUUUCCAUCAAAUCCACCACCCUGCGUGUUGACCAGUCCAUCCUUACUGGUGAGUCCGUCAGUGUGAUCAAGCACACUGAUGCCGUCCCAGACCCCAGAGCUGUCAACCAGGACAAGAAGAACAUGCUUUUCUCUGGCACCAACAUCGCCGCUGGUAAGGCCAUCGGUGUGGCUGUUUCCACCGGAGUCUCCACUGAGAUUGGCAAGAUCCGUGACCAGAUGGCCGCCACAGAGCAGGAGAAGACUCCUCUGCAGGCCAAGCUGGACGAGUUCGGCGAGCAGCUGUCCAAGGUUAUCUCCCUGAUCUGCGUUGCUGUCUGGGCCAUCAACAUUGGCCACUUCAACGACCCCGUCCACGGAGGCUCAUGGAUCCGUGGCGCCGUCUACUACUUCAAGAUCGCUGUCGCUCUGGCCGUGGCUGCCAUCCCUGAGGGUCUGCCCGCUGUCAUCACCACCUGCCUGGCCCUCGGUACCCGCCGUAUGGCUAAGAAGAACGCCAUUGUCAGAAGCCUGCCCUCUGUGGAGACCCUGGGCUGCACCUCCGUCAUCUGCUCCGACAAAACCGGCACACUCACCACCAACCAGAUGUGUGUGACCAAGAUGUUCAUUGUCAAGACUGUUGAUGGCGAACAUGUUGACCUUGAUGCCUUCGAUAUCUCUGGCUCUAAGUACACCCCCGAGGGCGAGGUUUCCCAGGGAGGUGCCAAGACCAACUGCAGCUCUUACGAUGGUCUUGUUGAGCUGUCUACCAUCUGUGCCCUGUGCAACGACUCCUCUCUGGACUACAACGAGUCCAAGAAAAUCUUUGAGAAGGUUGGUGAGGCUACUGAGACCGCCCUGUGCUGCCUGGUAGAGAAGAUGAACGUGUUCAACAGCAACGUGAAGAACCUGUCCAAGAUUGAGAGAGCCAACGCCUGCUGCUCCGUGAUCAAGCAGCUCAUGAAGAAGAAGUUCACCCUGGAGUUCUCCCGUGACAGGAAGUCCAUGUCCGUGUACUGCACCCCCAGUAAGGGUGAUGGUGGCGCCAAGAUGUUCGUGAAGGGUGCCCCCGAGGGUGUGAUUGAGAGGUGCUCAUAUGUGCGUGUUGGCACCACCCGCGUGCCCCUGACCAACGCCAUCAAGGAGAAGAUCAUGGCUGUCAUCAGGGACUGGGGUACCGGCCGUGACACCCUGCGUUGCCUGGCCCUGGCCACACGUGACUCCCCACUGAAGCCAGAGGAGAUGGUCCUUGAGGACUCUACCAAGUUUGCCGACUAUGAGACUGAUCUGACCUUUGUUGGCUGCGUGGGUAUGCUGGAUCCCCCUCGUAAGGAGGUCAUGGGCUCCAUUGUGCUGUGCAGAGAGGCUGGAAUCCGUGUCAUUAUGAUCACUGGUGAUAACAAGGGAACCGCCAUCGCUAUCUGCCGCCGUAUUGGCAUCUUCACCGAGGAUGAGGAUGUUUCCAACAAGGCCUACACCGGACGUGAGUUUGACGAUCUGCCCAGCCAUGAACAGGGAGAGGCCGUGCGCAGGGCUUGCUGCUUUGCCCGUGUGGAGCCAGCCCACAAGUCCAAGAUCGUGGAGUUCCUGCAGGGUUAUGAUGACAUCACAGCUAUGACUGGUGAUGGUGUGAACGAUGCCCCUGCCCUGAAGAAGGCCGAGAUCGGCAUCGCCAUGGGCUCUGGCACUGCUGUUGCCAAGUCUGCCUCUGAGAUGGUCCUGGCUGACGACAACUUCUCUUCCAUUGUGUCUGCUGUUGAGGAGGGCAGAGCCAUCUACAACAACAUGAAGCAGUUCAUCCGCUACCUUAUCUCCUCCAACGUUGGUGAGGUCGUCUGUAUCUUCCUGACUGCCGCCCUGGGUCUUCCCGAGGCUCUGAUCCCCGUCCAGCUGCUGUGGGUCAACCUGGUGACUGACGGUCUGCCCGCCACCGCUCUGGGCUUCAACCCCCCUGAUCUGGACAUCAUGGGCAAGCCCCCACGUUCCCCCAAGGAGCCCCUGAUCUCUGGCUGGCUGUUCUUCAGAUACAUGGCUAUCGGUGGAUACGUCGGUGCCGCCACCGUUGGUGGUGCUGCCUGGUGGUUCAUCUAUGAUGUCACUGGUCCCCAGGUCUCCUACUACCAGCUGUCCCACUUCAUGCAGUGCCACGAUGAGAACGAGGACUUCGCUGGCCUUGAGUGCGAGAUCUUUGAGGCCGCUCCUCCCAUGACCAUGGCCCUGUCCGUGCUGGUCACCAUUGAGAUGUGCAACGCCCUCAACAGGUGA